AUGAUAUCGGUAAAAUUCUAUGGAACUGCAGCAUAUCUCAUCGACAAAAGUCUUAUACCAAUAGUUUUGUUAUGGUUAGACCCAGUUGUUGGAUAUAACUUCAUAACAUAUGGUUCAUUCGAUACGGAACGUUGCAGUGAAGGCUUACUUUACAUCGUUCAGAAACCGAAGGACUUCAAUACAAAGAGAUAUAAGAUAGGAAGAACAUAUAAUAUAACUCUAAGAUAUGACAGUACAGUCAAUAUAGUCAAGGUUGUGUUUGCUAAUGAUAUGAGAGCUGCUGAAACAGAACUACUUGAAAAGUUUGAGAAAAUGUAUGGUGCUCCCAUAAAAGGUAAAGAAACGUUUGAAGUAGAUGAGAUAGAUAAAGCUAUAAAAUUAUUUGACGAAGUUGCUGAAAAAUACAUGUAA